AUGCCCUACGCAUGUCCCAUCAAUGGGAAAGGUGCUACUCUUAAAUUGAACCAAAAUAAACAAGAAGAAGAUCCUUCUCCUAUAAAGAUCAUACACCAGGAUAAUAACAACAAUAAUACAAAUCAGAAACAAAAAAAUCGUUCUUUUUAUAUAUUCAAUGAUGAAGAUACUCCAUUAAGUUCAAAACAACAACAAUUGAAAUUACAACAACAAUUCGAAUUACAAGCUAAACAAUUGGAACAACAACAAACCAAGUCACAAGGUGAUACUUUAAAACUGCCUCAAGAUUAUAAAAAUGAAUUCAAAUCAAGAACUGCACCUAAAACUCCUCCAAGAUCUAAUCAAUCAACAUCAUCAUCCAAAACAGCGGCUAUAUCACCAACCGCCAUUUCACCAAAUAGAUCUUCUUCACCUUCUAAAAAGGCUUCACAAGUUAUACGAUCAAAUUCAAGGAAAAAACAAAUGAAUGCAGGUGGUAUAUCAAAAUUAUCUUUAAAUUUAAAUGAAAUUUUAAAAUUCCCAAGAGAAUCAACUCAUGCUUAUUCUUAUGCUCAUUUAUCUCCAAAUUCUUUAGCUGUUAGAUUAUCUAUCCUCAAGAGAUCUUUAGAAAUCCUUGUUGAUCGUCCUGAUUUACAUCAACAUCAUGAUUCUUUAAAUUUGGAUAUUGAAAGUUUUAUUAAUCAAAUUCAUGAUGAAGAAUUAGAUAAACCUCAUUUACAACAAAAUGCUUCAUCUGCUGCAUUAGCUGCUUUAUUUUCACCAAAUGGUUCUAAACCAUCAACUCCAUUAACUUCAAAUAACAAUAAUAAUCAUUCAUAUUUCCAAGAUUCAACUCAUUUAGGUAUCAAAGCCCUUAUAAAUAUAUUACAACAAGAUAAAUCUUUAAAAUCUGGUGAAGAUGGUUCAUCCUCUAAAAGAGAUUUAGCAAUGAAUCUUCAUGAUUUAUCUUUAUCAAAUGCUUCAGAUGACAAUACAACACAACAACAACAACAACAAUCAUCAUUGGGAACUGAUUCAGAAUCUCAACUGAAAAUCAAAUUAUUACAUGCCUUAGCAACCCCUUUUUAUGAACCUAUUGUUUCAACUCCAAUAAUUUCAUUACAAAAAAAUGCAUCAACUUUAGCAUUAUCUUCAUUAAAUCAAUCAACUUUAGAAUCACCACAACCUUCUCCUGAUAGAAGAAAUUCAAAUGAACGGAUAUUCCACUCAAUGCCUCAAAAAAACACAUCACCACAAGCUGUGUUUACAUGUGAAUUAAAUGAUCCAUGGAAUUUAAAAGCUGCUAAUGAUUUAGCAUGUUUAAUAUUUGGUGUUUCAAGAACUUCCUUAAAAAGAUUAACUUUAUUAGAUUUGAUUUCACCAGAUUCAAGAGAUUUUGUAUUGAAUAGAUUAAUUAAAACUAUUUUAGAAUCAAAUCAAGAUAUUAUUUUUUCCGGUCAAGUUGUUGCUAUAGCUAAACCUGGGAAUAAACUGACUUGGGCUUCACUUUGGGCCAAAAAAAAGGGAAAUUUAAUCAUUUGUAUGUUUGAUCAAGUCCCUUGUGAUUCUAUAGAUUUAGUAUUAUGUCUUGAUUCCCUUAAAAUUGAAAAUCAUAAAAAAAUUAGUGGUGGUAGUUUUUUCAAUAAUAAAUUUUUAUCUAAAAUUGAUAAAUUAGAUGAAAUAAUUAAUAAUCUUGAUGAUGUCAUAAAGGUUGAUCAUGAUCAAGAGGAUAAAGGAUAUCCAGAUGUUUUUUAUCAAACUCAACAAAUUAAUUCACAAAGAUAUUUUACAUUAAAUAAAAAUGGAAUAAAUAUUCCUUGUGCUGUGUUUAUUAAAGUUAUUGAUGAAAAUUUAAAUAAAGUUAAAUUGAAAAUUCAUUCAUUACCUUAUAUAGCAGGUGUUUUCAUAAUUUCAAAUAAUCCUUUGGAAAAUUAUAAAAUUUUAUCAUUUAAUGAAUCUGUUGCUAAGAAUCUUUUUGGAUUCCAUGAAUCUCAAUUAAUAAAUCAAUCAAUAAAUAAAAUAAUUCCAAUUUUUACAAAAAUAAUGGAAUUAAUUGGUAAAUUUUUUAAAAAUUUAAAAAUUUUACCUGGUCUUGUUUUACCAGAUCAUUUUUUUAGAAAAUUAAAUUCAUUAAUUGAAAAAGGUACAAAUAAUGAAGAAGAUUUUUUAAAUUCAACAGGUAUAAUUGGUAAACAUUCAGAUGGAUCUCCAAUGAAAAUUGAUGUUCAAUUAAGAUGUUCAAAUGUUGAUACUUUAAUUUUAUGGAUUACUCAUUCAAGAUCUAUUUAUGAUUCAAAUUCACCAAAAUCAACCACUGAAACAACAACAACAUCAACAACAAAGGAUGAAUUUAAACCUCCAACUUCAUUGAAAAGACCGGGUAUGAUUAAGACAAGAUCUGUUAGAAGUGUUAAAAUCAUUGAUGAUAAAGAAGAAAUUGUUGAGGAAGAAGUUGAAAUUGAUACAAUGGAUCCAAAUAAUGAUGAUGAAAAUGAUGAGAUUCCUUCACAAUUAUCUAUAUUAAAUGAAAAUGAAAUUCAAUCCGUUAGUAGAUCAUCAAGUCUUAGAUCUUCAAAUGUUACAUCCUCAUCUGAUUUAUCAAAUUUAUCAAAUGUUGAAGAAGAAGAAACUCGUAAGGAUGAAGAAGGUUUAAAAUUCAAAAUAUUGGGGAAAAACAUUGAUGAACAUACGCUAUUAAAAUUAGAAAAUGAAACUAUAGCACAAAAUCAAAAUUUAUCAAAAUAUUAUCCAAGAAAAAUUGGUUCCAAGAGACGUGAAAAAUCAAUUAAAGAAUUUAAAAUUUUAAAAAAUAUGGGUCAAGGUGCUUAUGGUAAAGUUGUACUGGCUCAAUAUAAGAAGGAUAUAAAUUAUAAAAUUGUUAUUAAACUGAUUAUAAAAGAACGUAUCUUGGUGGAUACAUGGGUUCGUGAUAGGAAACUGGGUACAAUCCCAUCAGAAAUUCAAAUAAUGUCAACAUUAAAUAAUGAUCCUCAUCCAAAUAUUAUGAGAUUAAUUGAUUUUUUCGAAGAUGAUGAUUAUUAUUAUAUUGAAACUCCACAACAUGGAUUCCCUGCACCAGGUAUAGAUUUAUUUGAUUUAAUUGAAUUACAAAAAACAAUGAAUGAAUUUGAGAUUAAAUCAAUUUCAAAACAAUGUAUUAGUGCAAUUAAUCAUUUACAUAUUAACGGUAUAGUUCAUCGUGAUAUUAAAGAUGAAAAUUUAAUCAUUGAUAAUAAUGGUGUUAUAAAAUUAAUUGAUUUUGGUUCUGCUGCUUAUGUUAAAACUGGUCCAUUUGAUGUUUUUGUUGGGACUUUAGAUUAUGCUGCACCAGAAGUUUUAAAUGGUUUACCAUAUGAAGGUAAACCACAAGAUGUUUGGUCUUUGGGGAUCUUAUUAUAUACAUUGAUUUAUAAAGAAAAUCCAUUUUAUAAUGUUGAUGAGAUUAUGGAUGGAGAUUUAAGAAUUCCUUAUAUAUUAAGUGAAGGAUGUAUAAAAUUGAUUAAGAAAAUCUUACAAAGAGAUAUUAAGAAAAGACCAACUAUGCAAGAGAUUUACCAGGAUGAAUGGCUGAAUGAAUGA